UGAAUUUGAAAGAUGCAAAUAACUUUGAACCCCCCUGUGUUUCCAUCUUUUUCUUUCCAUAAAGUCACAUAGAUUGCUUCGUACGUUCCAUAAGUGAAAUUUAACACGCUUACAGUUCAGCCGGUUCAAGAGGGUCCUUGUAGCUCGAUUUCAUCUAUAUGAGUUAACCGCUGCCAAGAGCACGUGACUCGCCUCCGAUGCGCCGCGAGAGGAACUUGGGCUCUACCGCAGACGCAUAUCUCUCCACCGGAGUCUCCAGGAGGGGAGGCGGAGGACGUAACUUCAACCGAAUCAUUUGUUGCUGUCCGGCAUCGAACCCAGCCCGGAGCCGCUUUGCUCCCUUUUCUUUGCAUGUCGGUGUUUGCAAUAGUUUGUAUUUUUUUCCCCCUUCUUUUUUGUACAGGCUUGGGGUAAAUUGAGCAGAAGCGAACGAGUGAACAGGGAGAAAAAGGCUUUCGGUUUUUCCCCCCUCGGUUACACACUGAAUACACUCUUGAAAGGCUGAUCUCGCCGCGCAGUGAACGGACCGCUGUGACGCGUUACCGGAGAGUGUACCGUACCGGCUGUGUUCUGCCCGACUAAAGGCAUGCCCCGGGCGCUUGCGACGGAUUGUUGCGCCUGCAUCGUCGCCCGAAACUAGCUGAGCACUGAACUUGUUGCUGUAAGUAUCUCUGGUGACUACGGGGAUAAAAUUUAGGAUACUUUUUAUACCCUGUCCGUUUAGCGCCAGGGAUACGACGGCGAGUGCUCGAGGACUGCAAUCCAUGUCCAGUACUUUAGGCAUUUCUGCUUUUGAGCACAAGCAUAUUUACGCGGAUGUAAGCGGAAUAUCCUAGAACAUCCGGAAAAGUGGCAAAUUCGUUUGAUAUUUCCGGCGCCGCUCGUGGCUGAGCAGAGAAAGCCUUUGUUUUACGCGCGCAUGCAAAUCUCUCUUUUUUUUUCUUAUUUCUCUUUCCUCAGUUUUUCGAAUUUAAUGCAGUCUGCCGGUCCAAAACACAUUUGGCUGGGUACCGCUAUUACUUACGGAAUUUGCUAGACGGGGCACCGCGUUGUGUGAACUUUGAGACUAGCGGGUUUUUUUUUUUUUUUGCGCGUGUGUGCUUUGUCCUCAGAUGUCCAUCCGCUGCGUCGUGGAUCUGUGAGUGCGUGCGGAAGCAUCGAUUGCGCGUCAUUUGGAACAGCUUAGCGCGCGCGGGGUCACCAUGGCGGCCGGCGUCGCAGCAUGGCUCCCCUUCGCCCGGGCCGCAGCCAUAGGAUGGAUGCCCGUGGCCAGCGCCCCGAUGCCCGCCCCGCCGCGGGACAAGCGGCGGACGCAGGACGGCCUGAUCAUUCUGAACGUGAGCGGUACGAAGUUCCAGACGUGGAGGAACACGCUGGAGAGGUACCCGGACACGCUGCUGGGCAGCACAGAGCGCGACUUCUUUUACCACGAGGAGACCAACGAGUACUUUUUCGACCGCGACCCCGACAUCUUCCGGCACAUCCUCAACUUCUAUCGCACGGGCAAGCUGCACUACCCGCGCCACGAGUGCAUCUCGGCGUACGACGAGGAGCUGGCCUUCUUCGGCAUCAUCCCGGAGAUCAUCGGCGACUGCUGCUACGAAGAGUACAAGGACCGGCGGCGGGAGAAUGCCGAGCGCAUCCAGGACGACGAGGACAACGACAACAGCAACGAUCUGGUGCUGCCCGAAAUGUCCUUCCGUGAAUCCAUGUGGCGCGCCUUCGAGAACCCGCACACCAGCACUAUGGCACUGGUGUUCUACUAUGUCACGGGCUUCUUCAUCGCCGUGUCCGUCAUGGCCAACGUGGUGGAGACGGUGCCGUGCGGCUCCUCCUUCAACCGGCUGAAGGACGUCUCGUGCGGGGAGCGCUACGCCCUUGCCUUCUUCUGCCUGGACACGGCGUGUGUCAUGAUCUUCACCGUGGAGUACUUGCUGCGCCUCAUCGCUGCACCCAGCCGAUACAAGUUCGUGAAGAGCGUGAUGAGCAUCAUCGACGUGGUGGCCAUCCUGCCCUACUACAUCGGCCUGGUCAUGACGGACAACGAGGAUGUGAGCGGCGCCUUCGUCACGCUGCGCGUCUUCCGCGUCUUUCGGAUUUUCAAGUUCUCGCGCCACUCGGCUGGCCUGCGCAUCCUGGGCUACACGCUGAAGAGCUGCGCCUCGGAGCUGGGCUUCCUCCUCUUCUCCCUCACCAUGGCCAUCAUCAUCUUCGCCACCGUCAUGUUCUAUGCCGAGAAGGGCUCCAACUCCAGCAAGUUCACCAGUAUUCCCGCCGCCUUCUGGUACACCAUCGUCACCAUGACGACCCUGGGGUAUGGAGACAUGGUGCCCAAGACCAUCAUGGGAAAGAUCUUCGGCUCCAUCUGCUCUCUCAGUGGUGUGCUGGUCAUUGCCCUGCCGGUGCCUGUCAUCGUGUCUAACUUCAGCCGCAUCUACCACCAGAGCCAGCGGGCCGAGAAGCGCCGUGCUCAAAAGGCGUCGAAGGAGGCAGGCAAGGCGCUGGUCUGUAAAGUGAACCCCACCUUUGAGACCCAACAUCAUCAUCUCCUGCACUGCCUGGAAAAGACCACGAAUCAUGAGUUUGUGGAUGAGCAGACCUAUGAGGCAAGUUGUAUGGAGGUGGUGAAGCCCUCCACCUCCCGCUCCUCCUCCAUCUCCUCCUCUCCUCACGGCCUGACCUCCUGCUGCUCCCGUCGCAACAAACGCAAGAGUUUCAACGUGCCCAACUCCAACACCUCCACCGGCCGGCGGGACAGUGAGCAGGAGCUCAGCACCAUCCAGAUCAGAGAGAGGCCGCUCAGCAACAGUCGCUCGAGUCUGAAUGCCAAGUUCGAGGAGACAGUGCCGCUCAACUCGGAGCAGCAGCCCUACAUCACUGCCGCCGUCAUAAGCAUGCCGACUCCGCCCGUGACCACGCCCGAGGGCGGGGACUCGUCCAGCUCGCCCGACUUCCUGCAGAGCAGCAUCGUGCGGGUGUCGGCGCUAUAGACUCGCCGCCGCUGGGAGCCGCUGGCGUCGUGUUGUUGUUUCCCCGUCCACCCCACACCUUUUUAUUCGGCGAGUGGACGCUGGCAAUGGAAAGGAUUGGAGGGAGCCCCCUGCUGUGGUGGGAGAGGUACUGCAGAGGGAGAGGCCAACGCUAGUCCCUUUAUUUCAGCUCCUGCACAGAGCCCUUCUCUGACGCCAGCUCCACCUUUGGGCCCACACGUUCUGCCUCUGGGCCCAGGAAGCUUUUCCCCGCGGGACGGCAUGACCAAUACGAUGCUUGUCACAGGGGCUACUAUGAUUUGUUUUGUUUUGUUUUGAAUAUGUUUUGUUUGGAAUCUGUGUGUCUUUACGUUAAGUGGAGAGUGCGGGGUGAGCUUGAAAACAUGACAGCAGUCGAAUACAUAUUUGGGUGUUUUUUUAGACUCCUAGUCGAGUGUUGGGUAUGUCUGGGGCUUUUUCAGUCUUUUGGGGGGUCCUAUUUACCGCGGUGUUUCCCAGGCUUUUAGAGAGAUCUCCUCUAGCAGGGGCGGAACUACUUUUGAUACCACAAGUAAAGCUAAGGAGUCCAAGAUUGAAUGUGCGCUACUCUGUGUGUGUGCGCGUGUGUGUGUGUGUGUGUGUGUGUGUGUGUGUGUGUGUCUAUGCGCACGCACCUAUGUGGAUGCGUAUGUGUGUGUUUAAGAUUAACUUUUUGCAUGUCCUGCAUUUGUGAGUCUCUUUCGAUUGUGUGUCUCUUUCGAUUUUGGCAUGAGCAAUAAGGGUGUGUUCUUUUUAGCAGUGUGUGUCUGUAUGUGUGCUGUAUUUUAUUUCUAAACACAGCGCCUGCUUAAACUUUACCAGUCUGCAGUGAUCUCUUUCCUCCAUCCAUACAGCUCGUACACAACUCGAGGUGUAGUUAUUAAACACUCCUUAAGAGUAGAUAUUGAGGAAAAAAAUGCAUUAAGUGAAACCUCUCUCUCUUUUUCUCACUCUCACUCUCUCUGUCUCACUCUCUCUUCCCUUUAUCUCUCAGUUUAGUCAUCUUUGGAGACUUGGCUGAACAGGGUGGAAUGGACCACUGCUAUAUAUAUUCUGAUAUAUUUUAAACAGCAGGCAUAUACAAGUGUGGCUAAAAAUGGGAAUCAUUGGACAAUAGAACCAUUUCUUGAAACAUUUUUACCACACUUGAAGUUCCCUUAAAGGAAAAUUCUCAGCCAUUCCAUUUCUACUGUUGACGUUUCCAAUAAACUGUGAAGCUCUUGUUUCUUCCUUCACUGUCAGUGUUAAAUUCCCAAGACUGUGUGACAUUCUCUUUACCAUGGUCCGGCCCGGCCCAGGUCACUGUAGCUGAAAGUGCUGUUCCCUUCUCUGCUUGUUUUUAGACUGUCUUUGACUGUGUCCAGCUCAUGCAUUCUGAGCAGUGAGAUCCACUUCCAUCUGAAUCCAGAUCUGAUGAAGGAGUUACACAGGAGCAGAGUGAAAGAUGUAUGCUGUGACCUCAUCGGACCAUUAAUAGGAUCAGCAUAUCAUAGAGUUAUCACACACCGAAUGUUAUUUUAUCAGCGCUAUCCUACCACUCUUACUCAGCGCCAGAUAUCAAAGGAGACCUAUUUGUCAAGUCCCCUCUGAGUCAGAGGGGUGAAUUAGUCAUAUCUCCCCUCCACCCUUGGCCUCUCGGACUUGAAUUAGCAAGAAAUUUGCAUUUAGUAUCAAAGAAUAUUUUUUUCAUGUAAUUUUCACUGAUGUCAGAGUGAUUUCUUAUACAGAGGAGUCAUGAAUACCAAUGUCAGCCUGAUCAAUACUCACACACGUGCGCGCACACACACACACACACACACACACACACACACACACACACACACACACUCCUAUCACUAGCCACCUAGCUACUGUUCCGAACCAUUAUUGCUUGACCAUGUGACUUAUGCAACAAUGUUCUUUUUGUAAAGACACGCUUUGUAUUACAAGGGAUAUUGAGGGGGGAUAGAAUCAUACAAAAACAUAUUUUUAAAAAUCAAAUGGUGUCGAUUAUAUAUUAUAAAUGUUAUUUCAGUUGUACAAAAGAAAAGAAAAAAAACUACAAGAGACUUGCUAGUGCACUUGUGUUGUAAAUUUGUUCUUUGGUGUAGUAAAUAUUUAUGAGUUUCUUGUUUUAUUGCCGCCAUCCUGGAUGGACAAUCCUGCGUUCCACGCUGGCGAUGCAGCACUCCAGAAUGAUGCACAUUUCUGUCCUUCAUUCUCUUGUUUUUUGUUUGUUUGUUUGUUCUUUUCCAUUUUAAACAGGAUGACAAAUGAGUGCAUGUGGUCACGGAGAUGACUCUUGUGUUCAUUUCGGACUUCAGGAAGGAUUUUAAUGGCGAGUGGAAACUCACUUCCUGUUUGUGAGAAAUUACCAGGAUGACCGCACUGACUACAUUUGGUUUUGUUCCAGCUUGUGUUGUAGACAAUACGAUAUCAAAAGCUAUGAAAAAAAACACAGUUCAGUUGUUUAGUCCGGUGCAGUGUCUAUGAAUAAAUAGAAAUAAAUCAUUGUUCCAGUAAAAUACAGAAAAAGCUGUCCUGUUGUCCUUUGGUAGACAAUACAUGGAGAAUGUAUCUAUGUUCAACAAGUUGCAUCCUCCAUGUUAGAGAGAUUACCAUAUGCAAGGCAUCAUAUUGUAUAUAUUCAUAUAAUCAUAGUAAAUGAACGUCAGUGGCUUUUGCAAAUGGGUUUUUGUAAGAAAAUCUUGCAGUUGAUCAAAAUGCACAAGUUGAAAUGUUUAAAAUGUCCCUAACAGGUCAGCAUGAGCGCUGGGAUGCACAGCCUUCAGAGGUGAUGCCUUAACUGUUUAGUGCUAGUUCAUCGGCAACGCUCACCCUCCUUUACAGAAGCUGGGCAGAGGACCUGUCCCACCUUGAUGAUGUCACGCGUCUCUGCAGAAUAGCGUGUAGAGACGUCCCAGCGUGCGCCUCCCUCAGCACUGGAGUGUUCAGCGUAAUGGAGACUCUAAUCAAAACUCCUGCCUUCCACGCGUCCUCCCCCAUCUCCACCGUGCACGGGGGCGGGAGCGUUUGGCGGAGCCGCACAGGACGCACUCUGCUGCGGGAUCAUGGGGAAAUCCAGCCGGGCGGGCAUCUUGAGACCAGAUUAACAUAUUUCCCAUCAGACAGUAGGUAAUUGAGAUGUCUGAAGGUGGUUUUGAAAAGACAUUACAUCAAGGAGAGGGGUGGCACAAUGAGGAAAUUGAGGCAGGAUUCCUACAGGCUGCAGCUGUCUGUUUGAGUCCAUGCUAUUUUGACUAAGGUGAAAGGGUAAUGGUUUUAUUUCCUGCAGCGGUUUUUUUUUACCGCAUGCUGACGCACUGCAGGAAGUGGUGGGAGAGGAGCGAAUGGGAAGCGUGUGAGCUACACCAGCGCGUCUUCCCGUGGGGGUCUGUGCUACUGUUCACGUUCUCAUACAAGGACAUCCUGACAUACACACACACACACACAUUUUCAAAUACCUUCACACCUUCACACAGGGAAAGUAGGCAUGACACUUUAGAAAAGCAACACCUUGAUAUAUCUAUUUCUACCUCACUCACACACACACACUGACCACGAACAGCAUUAUAGUCGGCCGAAUGCUGGCUGACGGUAACAAAAGAGAACAGUGUGUCUUUUGUAAGCUUGUUUGAGUGCUGCGCUAAAUGCCUCUCUUUGCCAUAAAUCAAAUCCUUCACAUUGCCAAGCCGUGCAUGCAGAAAGAAAAGAGAGAGAGAGAGAGAGAGAGAGAGAGAGAGAGAGAGAGAGAGAGAGAAAGUGUGCUGGAAGGACUUUGGCGCCCAACUCUCCUCAGGGUUGCCGUCACUUCCAAACUCCUAUUUAUUUUACACACACGCACAAGCAUGCACGCACGCGCACACGCACACAGAUGCUUUAGUCAUUGUUUUAUUUCGGGAGUGGCGUCCCCAAAAGAGGGACCCAAAGAGUCCUCCACUGCUCCCGUCCAAUAGCAUGGAAGCAUGACACUUUCGGAAUCCAACAUAUAUAAACAGAGUCCUCUGCAGAAAUUCAUCGCCCUUGCUAGACUAUUAAACCAGGCUUUACAACAUGUUUGGAAAGUUUGGAAUCUAGGGAUGUUGCCUGUUGCUCGUCAAGCUACUGCUGUUCAUGAGGAGUGAGUGGGCUAACAGCCUGACGCCUGACACUGGUUGCCAUACCCAUAUGUGGUGGUACGAACUGACAAUACACUAAAAGGCUCAACCCAAGAAAUGUUAAUAUUAAGCGAGACUCAGCUCGUCAGAUAAAACACACCCAUGGCUGCGAGGCAGGAACAACAGAAAACACUGAGGCAUGCUGGGAAUUCCGCAGACAUUUUCUUACGUCUGUCUGUUUUCUAAAUUUCCUUCUGGAACUCCUCUAGGGGUUCGGCCAUUAGCAGCACACUGCAGGCUACAUUUCUAGAGCAGUUUCAACAAACACACAUUAAGCGAUACAACUUCUGAUUGUCGAAUGCGCUGUAAUCCACACACAAGUUUACAUCAUAUGUACUUCUUUUAAAUCUCCAGUCCUAAGCAUGUAUUACUGCUUUAAAUAAGAAGCCUUUUAUAGCCAACCCCUGUACCCCGUAGAGCGAAAAAGCAUACUAUAAUUAUAUAUCAGUGCUAGUGAAUUAAGAAAAAAAAAAAAAAA